AUGCUGCCCUGCCUCCUCCCUCUCCGAGCCAUGGUCGCCUGCCUGCUCGCCAUGUCGUCCGCCAAGUCGAUGUACCGGCCGCAGCGCGCGGCCGCGGCGGCCGCUGCGGCCGCACCGUCCACGGCGCCGGCUCCCGCGUACAACUACUCGCGAGACACGAUGGAGGCGUAUCAGGACGCGUCCGCGUCCAACGCCGGGAGAUAUCAGGCCGUCCGCGACCGCCUCGACGUGUCCUAUCACGGCACCUACGCGCUCGCCCGGCAGCGGCUGCAGGACCGGCUGAUUGGCUGCGCGCUGCGCGGGGUGCGAGGCGGCCGGACGAGGCCGUGGAUCAUCUUCACGGCGGGCGCGAUGGGAUCGGGCAAGAGCCGCACCUUUGAGUACCUGGUCGAGCGCGGCAUCAUCCCGCUGCAGGGCGUGCAGAUGCUCGACUCGGACGCCUUCAAGACGCGGCUCCCUGAGUGGGAAGGCUACCUGGCGCGCGACCCGCUCUCGGCGGGGCUGCACACGCGGCGGGAGAGCGGCUACAUGCUCGAGAUCGCGCAGGAGGCGGCGCUGCGCGAGCGGCGCCACGUCUGGGUCGACGGCUCCCUCCGCGACGGGGAGUGGUACCAGUCCGAGUUUGCACGGCUGCGCAGGGAGCACCCUGACUACUCGAUCGCGAUCGUGCACGUGGUGGCGACGCGGCAGGCGGUGCUCGAGCGCGUGAAGCGGCGCGCCGCCGUCACCGGCCGCCACGUCCCCGAGGCGGAGAUCGACGACUCGCUCGUCCGCGUGCCGCCGGCGGUGCGGCUGCUCGCGCCGCGCGUCGACUUUCUGGCCGUGGUGGACAACUCGGCCGAGCGGCCGCACCUGGUCGAGUACUGCACGGGGGAGACGUGCAAGCUGUGCGUCGACGACUGGGAGCAAAUCGCCACCCGCCUCGAGUGCGACGCGGACGAGGGCGCCGCCGCCGCCGCCCCGCCCGAAGAGUGCCAGAUCCACGACCUCGACUGGGGCGACGUGUCGAAGAACUUUGAGGCGGCGCGGCGCACCUCGAGCGCGGCGAGCAGCGACGAGUGGGGCUGA